AAAUAAUUUAACACAAAACGUCAAAUUGAUAUGUCAAACACUGCAUCAUUCAUACAAGAUUUAUUUUAAUUAUAUUUUCUUUAAAAUAAUACAAAUGGUACGCAAGUAUUGAUGGAAGACGACGAAAAAAAUAAAAGAACAGAUGAAGAUAAAACUACGUCGGAAGAAGUGAAAGCAAUUAAUGAUAAAAGUGUACGAGCAGCUCUCCCAAGCGAUGAUGCAGGCCCGUCCGGAACGAUAACCCUGCCAGGAGCCGUGCACCACGCGAAAUGUCCUCUCCAAGCCAAGCCUGGCAUAUCUAAAUCUGAACAUAGCAUAAGACACAUCAUAACGAGCAAAGAUGUCACAAAUGCCUUGAAAUCUCUAAGCUUUGCUGCACCUGCACAAGCUAUCAAAAACUUAAACCUCAAGGAGCUUAAAAUCCCUAUCCUAGACAAUGAAGACACAGCCGAAAAAGAUGACUCCACGACUCUUAUCGAUCUUAAAAAGUUUAUGGCAUCAUGUUUCAAAGUAAACAGGGAAGCGCCGACCGCUAUUGUUCUAGGCGAGAUCUCGAACGUGCAAAACGUACGCACAGUAAUAAGUCCGGUGUCAGAACCACAAGAGAUUGCCAACUCUAGUUGCAAUCACGUCCAAACUGAAAGUGCUCCAAUAAACCUUCCAAAUGAAGUGAUUGUAACCAGUGGUGUUGAACCUAAGCUGUCCAAAUCUGAUAAAAAGAAGACUUCGGGGAGUCUCUCUGAGAGGUCCGACUUAGGAAUAGCUCAGAGAGAUUCGCUUUCAAGUAUCGGAUCAAAUGUUUGCAGAAUAUGUAUGACGCGAGGAAGGGAAAGAUUGAUAUCGCCAUGCAACUGUAAAGGGUCGCUGGCGAAUGUGCACCUCACGUGUCUGGAGAGAUGGCUCAACCAAGUGGGCAGGAACCAUUGCGAGCUAUGCGGGUUCAGUUACCCUGCGAUCCGCACGCCGCGGUACACGGUCCUACAAGCUCUCCGACUGUGGUUUGGGAAUCCUAGGAACAGGAGCCAUUUGCAGUCGGAUUGUCUGAUAUUCUGGCUUCUAUCUACCGUGACGGCCGGACUGCUCGCUGUAUGCAUCGUCGGAACACAAUACUUUGUGAUUGAAGGCAGCAAUUUUGGUAAGCUCGACGCUGGCGCUAUAAAAGAGGAAGGUGCAUCGGCAUUGACGUCACUCCAAGUCGAUUUCUUUCCAGGCAUUUCGCACCGCAUCACUGAAACGGCCAUGGAUUUCUUCAUGGCUAUCGUCCUAUGCGGUUAUUCUGUCACCGUGUACCUACUGUGGAAGGACCAUUACGUCAUGUGGAACAGGUGGCGAAGGGCCAAUGUCAACGUCAGACUACUACUAACGCCCGACGCCAACCCUGUACCGUUUGUACCAAGGGCUAGGUAUAAUGUGGUUUGAAUUUUUGCUUUAAUCUCGUGUUAUUUAGCAACUUUGUGUGAUCAGUAUUAAAUGGGAUGCUUCUUAGUUUCAA